AUGCUUGAGAAUGUUGAGCAUGCUGUUCAAGCACAGACUGGUCAGGCGUUAAGGCAUAGCAAAAACGACAGUAUUAGUCAAAGGAAAACCUUCGUCGCCUCCAAAGGCUCAACACGUGUUUGUGUAUUUUGUGGAUCACCCGAGCAUGCUAUUUAUAGUUGUCAACUUUUCGCAAAUUUAGAUCCGAACUCGCGCCUGGGGGAAGUUAAGCAGCUUGCACUUUGUCUUAACUGCCUCAAGGCUGGCCAUCAAAUGCGGGCAAAUCCGGAUCGUGCCGCACCUGUCAGUCGAAACACCACACGCUCCUGCAUUUUAACCGGUCAACUGCUUCCUACUGCCGUCAUUCUUGUAAAAAAUCGUGCUGGAAUCUUCGUGUCCUGUCGCGCUCUUUUGGAUUCUGGUUCCCAGUUGCACUUCGUCACAACUCGCUUCGCAAAUCAACUUCAGCUAUUCAAAACAAAAGCUUCUGCUACAGUAUCUGAAAUUGGAGAUGCCAACUUCCCAACGGAAGGCUACUCACUCGACCUCGUACUUAAGUCUCGGAUUUCAGAUUUUUCAACAAGCAUCACUGCCCUUCUUGUGAAAACCAUCACCGACAAUCAACCUGGCUGCUCCGUGAGCACCAACGAGUGGAAUGUUCCGUCGAACAUACCACUAGCCGAUCCUGGGUUCAACUUACCACAGCGUAUUGAUCUGCUCAUCGGAGCAGGACUGUUCUUCGAUCUACUUUGUGUGGGUCAGAUACGCUUAGGAUCUGGUUUACCACUACUUCAGAAAACUCGUCUCGGAUGGGUGCUAUCUGGAGGUGGGCAACAAACUCCAAACCUGUCAUCAUUCGUCGUGAGGCAGAAAUCCUCCAGUGGUCUCAUUCCCAGCACUCGGCUGGACUAUUUAGUACGUCGUUUUUGGGAGAUCGAGCAUAUUUUCGAACCGAUCUCUAAGGCCUCCCAAGAAGAUCUUGACUGCGAAGCCCACUUCCAGGGAAAUUAUUUUCGAUUGCCAUCAGGUGAAUACUCUGUUCGUCUGCCCAUAAAACGCAGCAUGGAUCUCCUAGGAGACUCCUAUUUACAAGCUCGUCAACGCUUUCAAGGUCUGGAACGAAAAUUCGCCCGUAACCCUGAUCUAAAGGCAGAAUACAGUAGGUUUAUUAAGGAAUAUCUGGACCUCAACCACAUGUCGCUGGUUUCCAAUGAGGUUGUAGAACAAUGCAAGUACUUCCUGCCACAUCAUUGCGUUAUCAAGGAUGACAGUAGUACAACAAAAUUGAGGGUGGUUUUUGAUGGAUCUGCAACCACUACCUCAGCUCUUACUGCAGACAUCUGUAAGAUGUAUAGGUGUGUUCGCGUCACUUCACCGGACAACAUGCUCCAAUGUAUUUUGUGGCGAGAAUUUCCACAAGGAGACUUUCGCAACCACAAGCUCGACAUGGUGACGUAUGGAACUAAGCCUGCAGCGUUUCUAGCCAUCCGAGCCAUGCACCAACUCGCAGCAGACGAAUCCGCGACUUAUCCCAUUGGAGCAGAAGCGGUACUUCGCGACUUCUAUGUAGAUGACCUGAUAACUGGGGGCGAUUCAAUGGCAGAAGUACUCAACAUUAAACUGCAAACAACUAGCCUUCUUACCCGAGGAAGCUUCAAGUUACGCAAAUGGUGCUCUAAUAGUCCUGAGAUCCUUCGUGAUAUUCCUGACGUAGACAAGGAAAAGUUUCUUAAGUUUGACGAUGGCAGUGACAUCACCAAAGCACUGGGGCUUGUCUGA